AUGGCUACUACAAGCAAUACACCUCUAUGGCAUGUUGCCUACCCAGCACCCAAAACCAGCCCUGCCUCUAUUUGUCGGGAAGAGGUCCUCGACAUGAUGAAACGGAGCACAGAGACUACCAGCAAAGACUAUAUUCUCGUCGAUUUGCGUCGCAAUGACUGCCAGGGUGGCACUAUCCAGCACUCGAUCAACCUUCCCGCUGAAAGCUUAUACCCUACCCUACCGAUUGCAUACAAGCUGUUCAAGGAUUCAGGUCUUUGUAAGAUAAUUUGGUAUUGCUCCUCUUCCAAGGGUCGUGGCACUCGUGCCGCUGGGUGGUUUGCCGACUACAUUGCAGACCAAAACGACGAUCAUAUGAAGAGCCUUGUCCUUCUCGAGGGCGUCAAAGGAUGGGCAACGGCGGGUGAUGAGUAUAUUAAGUGCAUGGUUGAAUACAAUGCCCAAGUUUGGUUGUGA